UCUUCCCACAGCCCGCCAGCCGGAAGUGGCGAGCGGAAGUCCCUCCUCCCACAGGGGGCGGACAAUCAACAUGGCGGCGCCCAGCAGCCAGUGAGGAGUAGGGGCACUGGGAUCCCGGGGAGAGGCUGGACUCAUGCGUUAUGGCCGCAUUCCCUCAUACUUUCUCCUUACGCCUCCUGACAGGUUGGAGAGGAGGAUGUGUCUGGUAUCUAGAAAGAAGAGCUGUACUGGAAUCCCCUCAUAAGUUUAUGCACCUUUUCAGAAAUGUCAAUAAGCAGUGGAUCACAUUUCAGCACUUUAACUUUCUCAAACGCAUGUAUGUCACACAAGUGAAUAGGAUCCUGAACCAGCAAGUAAAACCAAAGCCAGAACCAGUGGCAUCUCCUUUCCUUGAAAAAAUAUCUUCAGAUGAAGCCAAAACAGAAAUAGAUGAAAUGAGAUCUCUUUCACCCCCGAGCCCCUCUUUGUCCAGAAAGCCAGAUGAAAAGGAAUUGACAGAACCAGAAUCUGCCUCCAUAAUUGAAAGCUCAAUAGAUAUGGGCAAAGAGACAAAAGAGGAAAAGCAGUGGAAAGAGAUGAAGCUGGAUCUAGAUGACUUGCCAGGCAUUUUGGCUCGACUGUCCAAACUCAAACUGACAGCUCUGGUUGUAAGCACCACUUCAGCCGGAUUUGCAUUGGCUCCGGGUCCUUUUGACUGGCCAUGUUUCCUGCUUACUUCUCUUGGAACAGGCCUUGCAUCCUGUGCUGCCAACUCCAUCAAUCAGUUUUUUGAGGUGCCAUUUGACUCAAACAUGAAUAGAACAAAAAACAGACCUCUGGUCCGUGGACAAAUCAGCCCGUUGCUGGCCGUGUCCUUUGCCGCUUGCUGUGCAGUUCCAGGAGUCGUUCUUCUGACCUGGGGAGUGAAUCCACUCACAGGAGCCUUGGGACUCUUCAACAUUUUCCUGUACACUUGCUGCUACACACCUCUGAAGAGGAUGAGCAUUGCCAACACGUGGGUCGGAGCCGUGGUCGGUGCCAUCCCACCUGUCAUGGGCUGGACAGCAGCCACUGGCAGCCUUGAUGCAGGAGGACUUCUUCUGGGAGGAAUCCUCUACUCCUGGCAGUUCCCUCAUUUCAACGCGCUGAGCUGGGGCCUCCGUGAAGACUACUCCCGGGGUGGCUACUGCAUGAUGUCAGUGACUCACCCAGGCCUGUGCAGGCGUGUGGCACUGCGCCACUGCCUGGCCCUGGCCGGACUGUGCGUGGCUGCACCUGUGUUAGACGUCACCACAUGGGCCUUCCCCAUCAUCUCCCUCCCCAUCAACCUGUACAUUUCCUACCUCAGCUUCCAGUUCUACAAGGAUGCAGACCGGAAGAGCUCCCGGAAACUGUUCUUCUGCAGCCUGUGGCACCUGCCUCUCCUCCUGCUCCUCAUGCUCACCUGUAAGCAGUGGCCAGGUGGGAAGGGGAGCAAGGAAGAUGCUCAGAGCUGAGAAUAAGCGAGCAUCAGGGGGAAGAACUAAACAAAACAUAGGGGAGAUGCCCAGUUCUUUUGUUGUUGGGUAAGAAUAUUUUGGAAAUUCUGGAGUGCAAGAAGGGAAGUCAUUGGUUUUAGUACAAGAUUGUAAAAUAAUCUGGUGCUCAGUGUUUACAUAUAUAUAUAUAUAUAUACACACACAUAUAUAUAUACAUAUAUAUGUGUAUAUAUAUAUGUAUAUAAAUAUAUGUAUAUAUAUAUAUAUCCAUAUUCCUAAAUGCCCCCCAAAUAAGAAAUGAGUUGGCUCAGCCAAUUAAUAUGAAGAAUACUUUUCUCUUUGAUCAAUUGUAUGCAUAUUUUCUUCUGUUGCCACCAGCCUCCAUUUUCUUCUUCUCCCUCAUGUGUAUGCACAUACACAUCCUCUCCUUCUGGCCACACACACACACACACUCCCCACCUGCCAGCACAGUGGCUGUUGGUCCUACAAGCUCUAACCAGACCUCUGUUCUGUGUCUCAGCACCAUGCAGGACCACCUCAGGAAAUGCAUGUGGCAGUUACAGCACCCCUUUCCCUUCCAAAGAGCUGGGGCCCCGUUCCUGUUCUCUCCACCCCACCCAUCUUCUCAGCUGCAUAUUAACCACAGAAAAUAACACAGUACAUAGGAUGGGCUGCUGUACAAUUUGGAAGGAUGGAUUCCAAACGAUUACUCAGGGAAUCACAGAUUGGACUGCCAACCCCUAUCCCUCACCGCUGCUCCCAUUGCAUAUCAGAAUUCCGGAAACUCCAAGCAGUCAAAAGCAUCUUUAUAGUUCACUUUGAAAUAACAGGUGCCAUCUGAAGCAUUUCUUUCUGAAAGGGCGGCACUUGCAUUAAUUCCAGAAAUCCGCCCCCCGCCCCGCCCCGGUGUGGCUCCCAGACUGUACCUCUUCAGUCCCUACUGAGCCUCAUCAGCUCCUCUGCUGCCCAGCUUUCUCAAGGCCAUGUGAGAAGGGAAGCUGGAAAAAGAUGGGAGCUGGGCUAUUAGCCCACAUAGCUUGCAUUCUUAUCCUUCAUAGAAACCACAUUUCCAUCCUGGUACCUCCCGAGUUCAGAAAUUAGCCUCCACAUGUGCAGUGGCUUUGAGAACCAGAGGCCCAGUUGGGCUUCCAGUGAGGAUGGUCCCACUUCUGGAGAUUUGUGAGUUUUCCUGUACCCAGAGGUGUCCUCAUGUGUCAGACAUUGUCACCUGUAAGUUCUUCAUCUUUCGUGAAUGACCCAAAGUUCACAUAGAGUCCCAGUUGCUCAGAAUGUUAGAUCCUGACAGGAUGUUUUAAUUACACAGGCUCCUGGGGCACUACUGCCCUUUAGGGAUUUGUUCAGGAGGUUUAGGCAACAUUUAAGCAGUCAUUUCAAUAUGACCAUUCUCUCAGAAAUGUCUAGGGUUCAGAAUGGAGCUCAGUGGUAGAGCACUUACUUAGCAUGCAUGUGGCCCAGGGUUCCAUCCCCACCACCACAAAAAAGACAACUAAAGCAAUUGCAGAUAGCACCCAGUCCUUGUUUCUACUUAUCUGGAAUAUUACACCUGGCUCAUGUCCACUUGUUUCCUGUGGGGACCUGGCACAGGAAUGUCUGGAGAGAACAUCUACAACUUGUUGGAGCUUAAAUUUGUAAAAUGUGUUGAUUCUCCUCCUUCUACAAUAAAACUGUAUCAGAACAGGA